AUGAGCAAGAACGUGAAACGCGGUUUCAGAAUUGCUUUGCAAAUCCUAGCUCUCAUCCUUACUCUGGCAUACUUCUCAACAGCCAUUACAGGUGUUGUACUGAGAGUAUCAAAGGGCUGGCUAGAAACGGCAUUGUCAAAUGACUUUGAUGGAUAUGUAGGUGAUGAAGAGAACCUGCGCCAGUUUGCAAUAUUCGUGCUAGAGCUUGCGGAUAGGAUGUCCAUAUAUGGCAUUGCAACAGGAUUUAUCCUUGCUCUUCUCUGUCUUGUCGGAUUAAUAGGAUCGUGGUACAAUUGGAGGAAAAUGCUAAAUAUAUACUCUGGCAUUCUGGUUGUUUUUCUAAUUGCCCAAAUCGUCAUUGCUAACGUGGCUUUCCCGUCGCCGAUUACGUUCUCCAAGAGGAUGUACAACUCAACAGAAGAGCUUCUCAAGUUUUAUGGGGAUAAAGGUGAGAAGGGGGAAAAAGCAACGGGUGUAUGGAAUGUGCUCAUGGAGACCUACCCUCAAUGCUGUGGGAUGGAGGGCUAUAAGGACUUUGGUAAGUUGAAAGGGCACACGUGGCUCCAGUGUGUUAAGGUAUGCGCCAUCAAACCUCUUCCACCCCUUGCAGAAGACUUGGGCAAGGCUUUGCCACCUGCAUGCUGCAACAUGACAUCCGGUGUUUGUCACGAUUUUAUUGCUAAAAAUGUCGGUUUGAUGGGAUGUAAAAGCAAGAUUGAACUGAUUGGUAUACUCAGAUCUGAAGCAGUUUUAUCUGUCACUGUUGCAAUAAUAAUGGCACAGUUGCUGCUUACUCUACUGGUGCUGGCAUUCUCAUGCACAACAGAGAAGGAGGAGGAGAAGGAAAGUAGAUCCAAAUUACUGACGGAUACCCAAAACUCCAUUUUGACUCCUCAGUAG